UCCAACUUAACCUUAGCUGGAGUGGAGACUGCAGAUCCCAUAAAAAGGCUAUAGAAAUAGAAGUAGAUCUCUCUCUCUCUCUCUCUCUCUCUGAGAUAUUUUUCAUUCUUUAAUAAAUGCAAUGCAAUAUGCAAAUUUAUGCUAAAUACAAUUGAUCUCUCGAAAUGGAAGAGUAGUGGGAGCAUUAUAAAGACCCACUGACCCAACCAAGCUCUCUCUUCAAGUAGGAGGCAAUCAGUACUAUGGAGUAAGCAAAAGGAGGACCCGACACUUCUCCCAGCCACUGAGCCAAGUGUGUUUGUUAUUUGGGAUAUCAAUUUUCACCUCAUAAAGAUGGCUGUGGGGAAGUAUUCUCGAGUUGACGGAAGGAGGUCAUUGAAUUGUUGUUCGACGACCAGUCUAGUUGUAUUUGUUGCAUUUUGUUUAGUUGGGGUCUGGAUGUUAAUGUCAACCGUUGUUCCAAUUCAGAAUCAAGACUCAUCAUCUGAGGAGACCGUAAAUGAGGUAAAACGGCAAACAACAACUGAUAAAGAUUCCAAGCAAUUCGAAGACAGUUCAGGUGAAUUACCAGAAACUGUAAUAAAAGGAGAUGACAAUGGCAAUGAUUUACCGAGUGAAAGCCAUUUGGAUAUUAAGAAUGCUCAGAAUGUUGCAGAGGAUGUUUCUGUAAAUACAACUGAAGAAAAACAGGAAGAAUUGGUUUCAAAGGAGGAAUCUGAGGUGAGGACUGAGCCAGAAAGUGAGAAUGGUGUUGAGGGAAAUCAGCAAGAGAAGCUUGUAGAGGAGAAAUCUGAUGAGAAACUCGAGACUGAAGAGCAAACAAAGACAGAGGCUGAAAAUGAUGGGGAUGGGAAAACAAAUGAUCAUGAAGCUAGUUCAGGAGAUGGGGAGUCCAAUUCAGAAGUUGGAAAUACAUCUGACUUCCAAGAGGGGGAGAAAAAAUUGGAUGGAGACGAGACUUCUGAUGGAAUAAAGCAGGAAGAUGAAGUGACUAUUCAGACUGAGAAGGAAAAUGUUGAGAAAUAUCAAGACAUUCAUUCAGAAGAAAGUGAUAGUAAUAACAUAGAAAGCCAGGAAACUACAGCUGAAAAUGAGCAAGGGUCAACUGAAGUCGUGGAGUCGCAGAAUGAGAAAGAAACACAACAAUCUUCCUUAUCUGAACAUAAGAGUGGGCAUGAGUGGAAGUGGAAACUCUGUGAUGUCACUGCUGGGCCAGACUACAUCCCUUGUCUUGACAAUUGGGGUUCUAUCAGGAAGCUUCCAAGUACAAUGCACUAUGAACAUCGAGAGAGGCACUGCCCUGAUGAAGCCUUGACCUGUCUUGUUCCUCUUCCAGAAGGAUAUAAACGCUCCAUUCAGUGGCCUACAAGCAGGGAAAAGAUAUGGUACCACAAUGUUCCUCACACCAAGCUCGCAGUAGUUAAAGGGCACCAAAAUUGGGUUAAAGUUACCGGUGAAUACCUCACAUUUCCUGGUGGUGGAACUCAGUUUAAGAAUGGUGCUCUUCAUUACAUUGAUUUUAUCCAAAAAUCUCUUCCUGAUAUUGCAUGGGGUAAAAGAAGCCGUGUGAUAUUAGAUGUUGGGUGUGGUGUAGCCAGCUUCGGAGGUUUUCUAUUUGAUAGAGAUGUUCUUGCUAUGUCAUUUGCCCCCAAGGAUGAGCACGAAGCCCAAGUACAAUUUGCACUAGAACGGGGAAUCCCUGCCAUAUCAGCUGUUAUGGGUACCAAAAGACUACCCUUUCCAAGUUCUGUGUUUGAUCUUGUCCACUGUGCACGCUGUAGAGUCCCUUGGCAUAUUGAAGGUGGUAAACUUCUCCUGGAGCUUAAUCGUGUCUUGCGACCUGGUGGUUACUUUGUCUGGUCUGCUACUCCUGUUUACCAAAAGCUUCCUGAAGAUGUCGGCAUUUGGAAAGCGAUGUCUAAAUUAACAAAGUCAAUGUGCUGGGAUCUGUUGGUGAUUGAAAAGGACAGACUCAAUGCAGUGGCUGCUGCCAUAUAUAGAAAACCUUCUACCAAUGAGUGCUACAAUAAAAGAGCACGCAAUGACCCUCCUCUAUGCAGUGAAUCUGAUGAUCCAAAUACUAGCUGGAAUGUUUCACUAGAGGCAUGCAUGCACAAAGUGCCGGAGGAUGUCUUAAACCGUGGGUCUCAGUGGCCUCCGAAAUGGCCAUUAAGGUUGGAAAAACCACCAUACUGGUUAAAGUCUCAGCUUGAUGUUGAUGGAAAAUCUGCCCCAGAGGAUUUCAUUUCUGAAUACAAGCAUUGGAAAAAAGUUGUUUCCGAGACAUAUUUGAAUGGGAUGGGAAUCAACUGGUCUUCUGUAAGGAAUGUCAUGGACAUGAGAGCUGUAUACGGAGGUUUUGCUGCAGCACUAAAAGACUUGAAAGUAUGGGUUAUGAAUGUAGUCCCAGUUGACUCCCGUGACACACUACCAAUAAUUUUUGAGCGUGGUUUAACUGGGAUAUAUCAUGAUUGGUGUGAGUCGUUCAGUACCUACCCCAGAACUUAUGAUCUUCUACAUGCAGAUCAUCUAUUCUCCGUCCUUAAAAAAAGAUGCAACUUAGUGGCAGUGAUUGCCGAAGUUGAUAGGAUACUUAGGCCAGAAGGGAAGCUAAUCAUAUGGGACAAUGCUGAAACCUUAAAUGAGGUCGAGAGCAUGGCUAAAUCUCUGCAGUGGGACAUCCGAUUCACGUAUUCGAAAGACAAUGAGGGUUUGCUAUGCAUUCAGAAGACAUUUUGGCGUCCUGCAGAGAAAGAAACAAUUUUGUCAGCAAUUGCUUAAAUGCUUCGAUCUGUGUCUUUGACUGGGUAAGGCUUAGUCAAUGCUGGAAGUAUAGUUAGUUCAAGUAUUAUUUUGUUCGCUUAGGCACUAAAUUAUAAGGACUAUACACUGAAGAAAUACGUUAAUAUGUAAAGUUCACAUAAUUGAUUAUUCUUUCAGAUGCCCGAUAAAGUUCUCGUCUCCUUUUCUAGUUGCUAAGGGAACUUGUGCCCCUUCAAUAGAGGGAUUGGGCUUGGAAUUUUUGUAUCUUAAUGUUCUGAGUAUAAAUGGCAGUCAACUACUCAAACGCUUUUUAUUGUA